AUGAAAUCUAGUCUCCCGAAUCCGUCCUAUUAUUUGCAGUGUAAUUCGAAUUUUCAUAGCUCUUGCGUUGCUUUGAGAGAGAAUUUUUUGCAGUUCAUCCACUAUCGUAAUGGCCCACCGGAACGACGGAGUCGCAGUAAAGACAAAAGUGUUAUGAGUGGAUAUAAUCACCUGAAAGGAAUCGUUCUCAAAACCGUAAUUCGACAUCCAAAAAAGCCAAAUUCCGGCAAUCGUAAAUGUGCGAUUGUUCGAUUGAGUACGGGGGCGGAAAUCUGUGCAUAUAUCCCUGGCAUUGGGCAUAAUCUCCAGGAACAUUCACAAGUGCUGGUGAAGGGUGGUCGACGACGUGAUUUGAUUGCGGUGAAGGCGAAUAUAAUUCGAGGGAAGUUCGAUUGUGCACCCGUGAAAGUGGUCAAAAAAUAG